AUGGUGGCACAAAGUCCACGGACGACUAAUGCGUGCGAGUCCUGUCGCCGACGUAAGGUGAAGUGCUCGGGGGAUCAGCCGUGUCGCAGCUGCGCCAGGCAUAACUGGGAAUGUGUAUUUGGCCAUGUCGGUCGUAAAAGAUAUACCGAAGCGCACGUAAAAAAUCUGCUAGAUAAGAUCAGAUUGUAUGAAGAACAAAUUAGUGCACUUUCUCAAGGACCAACAGGGCCGCAAGCUCCCUCUUCCAUAUCUGGCACCAGCUUUCACAAUGGGUCGGCAGCUGAAGUUAUACCAUAUCAAGAUAGUGAUGCUGGGGUUAGUCCAGCAACCGAUUUGACUCGGGGGCCCGCAUUUGAAUCGCAAAUCAAGUCACUUCUUGAUAAGAAUCACCAAAGAAGCAUAUCGCGGCUUCCCGGAUAUAGAGGCUCCACCGAUGUUGUAACACAAUGGGUUUCGGCGAGGGCAUUGAUCCGCGAUGAUGCCGCACCGACUAUCCCGUCUGUAGAGGAGUCACAGCAUCUAUUAGAUCGGUUUCUCUUCUAUCUUGGCGUUAGCCAACAUUUCUUCGAUCCUCGGACCUUUUCUGACAGCAUGAUGCUGCUUUUCCAAGAUGAGGAGAUGCGCGAAAGUCAGAUGCGUACGACCUGGUUCACUGAAUAUCUACUCGUCAUGGCUAUGGCAAAGCUGAUGGAUGUAGAAGACCCUUCGUCCAAACCACCAGGUGCAAGCCUCUUUGCCGAGGCGAUGAGGCGAUCGCCUCCAUUGCACCAACUGGGCGAAGAAGGGGUCAUAGCUGUUGAGAUCUUAACACUCGUAGCUACCUAUCUUCAAUGGUGUGAUCGGAAGCAUGAUGCGUAUCUAUAUAUUGGCCUUGCCUUACGAUUAGCUAUCGCCUUGGGCUGCGAUAAACCAACUCGUGAACAACGCUGCCUGCCUUCAGAGGCUGCUCAUCGUGUGAGGCUUUGGUGGACGGUGUAUAUGCUAGAUCGACGCCUUUCCUCCGGCCUUGGACUAGCUGCUGGCUCAGACGAGCGACAGCUACGCGCAGAACUACCUCGACAAGCCAUCGGGUUUCAAUCUCCUAUUGCCCUUGCCAUUAAUGUCCGCAUCGCCCGUGCCACGGAUGAGAUCAUGUCAUCCUUGUAUGGAAAUGCAUCCAUCACUCAAAUGGACCUCGUCCAUAAAAUCCAGAAAAUUCUCCAAGAUCUCUAUGAAACCGGCCGUUCUUUCCCUCCGGCCCUCGUACUUGACUUUAAUCGUCCUUUACAUACAGUGACACGGACAGGGGCGUCGCUAUAUCUGAUGUUAUUCCAGGCCAUUAUACUCUGCAUUCGUCCGGUCCUUCUGCAACGAGUCCGCCGGGAAGUCCAGAGGCAAAACAGUCAACAACCACCACAGCCUGUCCCAACCGUACUAAGCUGUCUGUGUGAGACCUGUAAUGAAGCAGCAACAAAAAGUCUGGAUAUUCUUCAUGUAUUGAAGCGUCAGCGGACCAUACCGCGAUAUGGCUUCUUCGACCUUGACGCUACAUUCUCCACUGCGUUCGUCCUAGUCAUGAUGGGGAUCGUGGACAAAUCUCAGGAUCAACCGCCCCCAGCCCUAGACCAAGCAUUUGGUAUCCUCCAAUUUCUAGCUAAAGCCGGUAACCUAGCUGCUGAGCGCCGUUUACAAGACAUCACACAUUCUUGUUUGCACGUCUGGCCAAAUUAUACGCUCGGGUCGGAGGGGCAGCGUGCCGAACAAAUAGAUAACGGGUCACCAAGCAUGAGUAAUCUACCUCCGUUCGGCCCGAGAAUAAAUGUAAUGAAUCCUCAAACAACGGCUUCGGGCAUUCCUCCGGAGUAUACGGCCGAGCCUGCCGGAGGUUGGGAACACGACCGGGAUGAAAGCCGACUGCUGGAGACGUGGAUGCACGCGGAUGCCACUACUGCACUGUUCGACAUGCAAGUGGACUUUGAUCUAGAUCUUUCGGUGGAGGCGGAGGGGAUUUACUCCAGCUUCUACGACCCGUCCCUGCCUCUUACCGGUGUAGAUCACUCGGACUGGCUAGUGAUUGAGAAGAUCUUCGAUACACAGAAUGAGCUAUAG